UUAAGUAUAAUCUAUUGUAUAUAAACACAUAUCUAUGUGUUUGUGUGUUUGUGGCUAUUGUUUUGGUUUUGAUUAUAAUUCUAAUCAGUCUAUCAUUGCAUCAGAAAUGAAGUCUAGUAUUGAAUUGAAUUGAAAAAUGCAUUCAAAACUCAAAACACAUUUUCAUUGAUAGAAAAAAGUGUCUAUUAUUUUGUUUUUUAGUGACCAAAUCGGGUGACCAUAAUAUCGGUAAUAUUUUUGUUGUUUCGGCCAUAUUAUCGGUGAUUGACUGACCUGACCAGACCAUAAAAAAAUGGAAGAAUACGCCCGCGAGCCGUGUCCGUGGCGUAUAGUGGACGACUGCGGCGGUGCCUUCACUAUGGGUGCGAUCGGCGGUUCAGUAUUUCAGGCCAUUCGCGGCUUUCGUAAUGCACCGCAAGGCGUCAAUCGGCGACUACUGGGUUCGUGGUCGGCGAUCAGGAGUCGGGCGCCGAUUAUUGGCGGCAAUUUUGCCGUAUGGGGCGGUCUGUUCAGUACCAUUGACUGUUCGCUGGUCCACAUCCGCAAAAAGGAGGACCCGUGGAAUAGUAUUACUUCGGGUGCACUGACCGGCGCUAUACUAGCCGUUAGAAACGGAACGGGAGCUAUGGUCGGGUCGGCUAUAAUCGGUGGCGUACUUCUAGCACUUAUCGAAGGAAUGGGUAUACUAUUUACCCGAUACUCGUCGGAACAGUUUCGACCUAUUCAUCCACUGGAAGAUCCCACACAAUUAGGUCAGACACCACCUCCCGGUGCCAGUGGUUCAGCAUUUUCCGGAUCCGCUCCUCAAUACCAAUAGAUAUUAAUUUUUAGAAUAUUUAAAAUAAAAUUUUUUUUAAAAAAAAUAAUACAAAUAUAUUCA